UCUUCUCUCCAUUUCCAAAUACAAACUCAUCAAAACCCUAAAAAAAUAUCAAUGGCAAAGGACCGAGACGAUCAACACAAAUCCAAGCGAAAGUCCGAAUCGGAAUCCGAAUCCGACAUCUCAUCUGAAUCCGAUCACCACCGGAGCAGCAGCUCAAAAAAACACAAAAUCCGACACUCGAGAAAGAAAUCACGAAGAAGAAGAAGAAGUUACGAUUCCGAUUCCGAUUCCGAUUCCGAUUCGGAUACGGAUUCGGAAUCGGAGACGGGGAGUUCGGAAUACGAUUCCGAGAGUGAGAGUGAGGAAGAGAGAAGGCGAAGGAAAAGAAAGGAAAGGAAAAGAAAGGAAGAGAGGGACCGGAAAAGGCGGAAAGAAAAGAAAAGGAAAAGAAGAGAUGAUGAUGAUGAUGAUGAUAAGAAGAGGAAAAAGGAUAAGAAAAAGAAGAAAAGUAAGGAUAAGGGAACCAAGAAGAAAGUAGUCGUUGGGGCGGUUACGGAUUCGUGGGGGAAAUACGGAAUUAUUCGAGAAACCGAUAUGUGGACCAAACGGCCAGAGUUCACUGCAUGGCUCGCAGAAGUCAAACAGGUGAACCUCGAAAGUCUGCCAAACUGGGAAGAGAAGCAGAUGUUUAAACAGUUCAUGGAAGACCAUAACACGGCUACUUUUCCUUCUAAAAAAUAUUACAGCCUUGACGCUUAUCACCGAAAGAAAAUCGAGAAGGCCAUAAAAAAGGGCUCCGCCAAAGCCGCAAAAUCAGAGCGCAUUGUGUUUAACGAUGAAGAGCAAAGGCGACUUGAAUUGCAGCAAGAACGUGAGAAACAGAAGGAAGCAGAGGUAGAAGCGCUGAAACGCUCUAUGCAAAGUGGAAUGGCACAAGCAAUGAAAGAACAAGAUAGAUUGAGAGAAGAAAUGAAUUAUUUGUUCAAAAUUGGCAAUGUCGAGGCUGCAACUGCUAUUCAAAGACGAUUAGAUCCUGAUCUUCCUAUGUGAAUGGAUCUUAACGCAGCCAGCUAAUUGCAGCUAUAUAAUCUUGAGAGGGUCAUUUCAUAUCUGCUUCCAGUCUUGAAACGUUGGUGGAGUUUAGCUAUAGCUCUUAAACCGAUGGAUUGCACCAUGGCAGUGAGACUAGUCAUCAGUUUUUACGGCUGGUUUUUAUGGCCUACAGGCAACUUAUCACUUGAAAUUUGACGCAUAAGAGCUCAUGUUGACACACUAGUGUAUGUCAUAAAGUAAUCACGUUAUGGUAGUCCGGUCAUUUUAAAGACAUUACAAAAUGAAGAAGCUUCGUCAAAGAUUCUGUCUUAUAAAUGCCGUCAAUGAAAGCGUGUACAUGGCCACACUUUGUUUUGCUCAUUAAUACCACAGGAUGCCUUAAUAUCAUAAUAUUUAGUAAUGUAUAUCUUUAAAGUUUUUAUAUUUGGGUAGAUCAAUAACCUUGAUUUGUACAAUAUUUCAGGCAAUCUUUGAAUUUUCUAUGAUUUCAACUA